UAGCGCGUUCACGCGAGCAACCCUGACCAACUUCCAGCAGCAGCAGUGAAUAAGUUCGGGGGGUAAAUCCAGACUUGUCAAAGAGUCAAUAAACCUCAGCGAACACGAAACUGACGAGCUCCACAGCCGGGCAGUCAACAUGGACGACCUAGACGCGUUGCUGGCAGACCUGGAAUCAACAACAUCCCACAUCUCAAAGCGGCCGGUGUUCUUGCCCGAGGAGACCCCCUACUCCAUCCCUACGGGAGGACACUCCUACCAGGAUGUGUCAGUUCCACCUCCGGUGCCCCCUCCACCCUCAGCUGAGGCUCUGAAUGGUUCACUGGUAGACCGGUUGGAUUCCCAUCACUCAUCUCAGCAGUCGUUAGGUUCAGCACAGAAGAGCUCAUGGUCCAGGGACAGUAGCAGCUCUCCGUUGUCUCACAUUGAGGAAGACCACGUCUACAGUUUCCCAAACAAACAGAAGUCCUCAGACUCAUCAACAGCAGCCAUGACGUCUGCCCUGGGCAGUAACCUCUCGGAGCUCGACAGGCUGCUGUUGGAGCUGAAUGCAGUGCAGCAGAGCUCCCCGUCAUUCCCCACAACAGAGGAGGCAGCUCCACCCUUACCUUCAUGCAGCAUCACCCACUAUGAGAAUGGCAGUGGCCCCGACAUCCUUGUGAGCCCUCCGCCUCUGGAGAAACCCAAGAGGAACGGAACGAGGUUGGAUGAAACUCGACCAACUGUGGAGAGUCUGCUGGACGAGCUCGAGGGCUCGGUGCCUUCCCCCAGCCCUCCUGCUUGUCACAGCGAUGUAGACUCCCCCUCUCAGCAGCAGGCCAGAAUUUCAGCUUCCUGUGCCACAAGGGAGCUUGACGAGCUCAUGGCGUCUCUGUCUGACUUCAAGCCCAGUUCUUUGGGCUCUCUGCUGGAACCAGUUCGAGCAUCUUCCGGUUCUCCUCAUCCUCCAGUCUGUUCCUCCAUCACCCCAGUCGCAUCUCCUUAUCUAAAUCUGUCCCGCCCGUCUACCUGUGCCUCUCCCCUCUUUUCUUUGCCUGCUGGUCUAGAGUUGCACAUAGAUGAAGAUGGAGGAGACGGUGGCUCACGGAUGUCCCAUCUAAACCGCCUCCCUCUCCACAGUCCUAUAUCCUCCCUUUCUGCAGCCAGUGAUCUAGACAUGGACUCUGCCCUUGAUAUCUCUGCCUCCAUGCUCUCGUAUCAAACCAAGUCCCUGCUCGUCCUCUCUCAUUCUGCGUCAUCUAACUCCAACCUGACGAGAAAUAGCUCAAGUCCCUCCAAUACCACCACCACCCCCUCCCUCACUUCAGUUAACACUGUCCUGGACCACAAGUCCUCAAAGUGCUCCAGUCCAUCUGUAGAACGUGUCUCGCCCUCAAAUAACGUCGGUAAAUUCUCUUAUGGUCCUGAGGCUAUUAACAAGGGCUCCACUUCUUUUCAUGACCUUGAUUUAAAUUCCUUCACCCCUCCUCACUCAGUGACAAAGACUCCGUCCCCCCUCCCUGCUACUCUGUCUGUAUCUCCACCUUCUGUACACACUUCUUCAAAAACAUCCUCACCAUCAAGGGUUUCUCCUUUGAUGGUCCCGUCUCCGAUGGCCUACGCUGGCCCCGGCACACAGCUGGUGGAGCCCGCACCUGAUGGCCAGAGAGCCAGCCCCUUCACUGUGCAGCAACGCCCCAUGGAGGAGCCAUCACUGGAUGAGGCACUUGACAAGCUGCUACAGAUGAGUUUUGCACAGAAUCAUUCACAUGCGGAGGAAUCACAGUUGAACAUGGAGGCGCAGUGUCUGGGCAGAGGAAUGCAUGCUGUGCACGAGGAACUCGUCCUCCCGAUGGACAGAAACAGCGUGCAGCCCGACACUUUCACCAGUGCCACCAACACCAUCACGGACGACUCUGUGGACGGAGGCACUGAUGGAAACGGAGAAUUGGACUGGGCCGACGAAGAUCUGUCCAUGUCUUUCCACGACGGGCCCGACGGCACAAUGACGCCUUACACCGAGAGGCCGUUCACUGAUGGCAGCAUGACCCCGCUGACAGAGGCCAGCUGGAUGGAUGAGUCCAUGACCCCGUCUUCAUGUCCUGGAACCCCAGAUGUUGCCCUGGACCUUCCCAUGAUGCAGGCUCCUUAUAUGGACAGAGUCUCUGCGUCUGGACAUCUAAAAUCAGUGAUAAGGCGGACGAAGGAGACUCCCAACGUACAUCCCAUGUACCGAGAUGGUCUCCUGCGCAGGAAGAUGGGACCCGUCAUCAUCAACAAGAACACUUCUCAGGAUCGCCUCAUAGAGGAGCUUCAAGGGAAGCUAGGGAUCAACCGCUCAGAGCGACGGCGUAAACAGUCCGAUGACUGGCUAACUGAGGGCGUCAUUGUCAUGUCCAAACCCCAGCGUUUCCGUCCUGACGGGGACAGCAGUGAGGCCGAUAAGAUCAUACUCCCCCCAGAGUCUCCUGUCCUUGUGAGGAAGGUGCUUCCACCUCUCUCUCCCCCAGCCCCCCGCCACCCCCCUAUCGUAGAGGAACCUAAGCAACAGCCAGCUGUACAGCGACUUCUUUUUCCCAUACCGCCACCCCCUCCUCCACCCCCCUGUCACCUUGCACAACCUCUACGCUACCAUGAACCAGCUCCUGCUCGACCUCAGCAGAUCGUAAAAGCUUCACAGCCGCCACUACCAGCCCCCAUUCAGGAACCCCCUGCCCCCAAGUCAGAGCCCCCUCCUCCUCCUCCUCCUCCCCCUCCUCCUCCUCCUCGUAAAACCCCAACAUAUCAUCCACCAGUGGAGUCAGUGACUCCAGUAGCACCCAAACUGCUGGUGUCUGUAGGCUGCCAAACAGAGUAUGACCCAGUCUUCCCUCCAAUGCAGAUCAUGGCCCAAGGUAAAGGGGGUGUUCCUGGUGGGCCGCCAACACAAGUCAACAAGCUGGACAACAUGCUGGGCAGCCUGCAGUCUGACCUCAACAAACUGGGAGUGCAGACAGUAGCUAAAGGGGUCUGCGGUGCCUGCUGUAAGCCAAUUGUAGGACAGGUGGUAACUGCCAUGGGCCGCACAUGGCACCCUGAGCACUUUGUGUGCACACACUGUCAGGAGGAGAUCGGCUCCAGGAACUUCUUUGAGCGCGAGGGACAGCCUUACUGUGAGACCGAUUACCAUAACCUGUUCUCCCCACGAUGCUACUACUGCAACGGGCCCAUACUGGACAAAGUCGUGACGGCGCUGGAUAGGACAUGGCAUCCAGAACACUUCUUUUGCGCCCAGUGUGGAUCCUUCUUUGGCCCAGAGGGUUUCCAUGAAAAGGACGGGAAGGCUUAUUGCAGGAAGGAUUACUUUGACAUGUUUGCACCGAAAUGUGGAGGUUGUGCCAGAGCCAUUCUGGAGAACUACAUCUCGGCGCUGAACUGCCUCUGGCAUCCUGAGUGUUUUGUAUGCAGGGAGUGCUUCACCCCAUUUGUGAAUGGAAGUUUCUUUGAGCACGACGGUCAGCCCUACUGUGAAGUGCACUACCACGAGCGCCGCGGCUCCCUGUGCUCCGGCUGCCAGAAGCCCAUCACGGGCCGCUGCAUCACCGCCAUGGCCAAGAAGUUCCACCCGGAGCACUUUGUGUGUGCCUUCUGCCUGAAACAGCUCAACAAAGGCACCUUUAAAGAACAAAACGACAAGCCCUACUGCCACGGCUGCUUCGUCAAGCUGUUCAGUUAGGUUCCACAUUAAGUAACACACACACACACACACACACAAAAGUGUCUGAGGCAUCUUUACCAUAUGGUGAUUGUGUUUGUAUCAAAGAAAGUUGUCGUUUUUUUUGAAUGGUGUUGCGAGGUGUGUAGGGGUUGGGGUAUGUGCAUGAGGUAGAAGCAGGAUCCUGUCUCAGGCAGAGGAAAAAUGUGUUUGACAUGUCCUUCAGAAAUGUGUGAAGCUGUCCCUCCUUUAGACAGACAGACAUUUAUUUUUGAAGCUUUGGGGGCUCUUGAGUUGGUCAGUAGGCCUCAGGAUGAUGCAGACACUUUUUAAAAGAUGAUUUUUGUGUUUUUAAUUCUCACAUCAUUGAGCUUUUUCAUAAGAGGUGGUGAAAUCUUACUGAACACUGUAGAAAAAUCCAUGGAAUACUCUGCAUGUUUGACAUUGUUGCUCACUGGUUGAGUGUGUCAUUUUAGGUAUAAUGGAAGAAAAAAAAAAGAAUAUAUAAAGAAGCAGUUAACUAAAACAGGGAACACAUUGUUUUUAACAUUACAGUAAAUCCCGUUUCUUACUACUCACAAGGGUGGGAAGAAAACAACAACUUUGUCUCUGUUGGAGAAUCAGCGUUGGUCAUUAUUUUGUUUGUAUUACUGUUUUUAGACGGAAUCGUGACAUUGGAACACUGAGUUUGCCGUUCACAUGUGAAGAAUUCAGCGGGGUGUUUUUUUGGGUCAGAAACAGGAAAAGGUCUCGAACACGGAGCAGGAGGGAGGGAGGGUGGUGGGCAGGGCACUCGCUUACUCACUCACUGUGAACGUUUGACCAGGUAGCUGACGGGGGUUGGGGAGAAUGCCCAAACGUCAGUGGAUGUCUGAAAGCAGCCCCGAAAACACCCUCGUAUGAAGCUUUUAAAUGUUACUGAGACAGAAUCUCAAGCGCACACACACACAUUUGUUUUUUUUAGCCAAAAUCAAGCAUGUAUUGAUGAAUAUGUGACAGUGACUGACACUGAAAGAAGGAAUUCAGUAUGUGGGUCUUCCACCAGGAGCUGCAGUAUUCACUCUCUCAACUACAUGGUUGAACAAACCUCAUGUUUUUGUGCUGCCAAAAUCAUUCCUUAUUGUCUUCACUGAAGAAAGAAACCCACCAGAAAACAGUGUCUUGCAGUUGUGGAGCCUCACAAAAGAAUCUUGUGAACCUCUUUAAUGACCUGUACUGUGUACUGUGAGUACACCGUGAGGAUUUUUCUUGUUUGUAGUAAUCCAAAGCAGCUACUUCGUAGGUAAAGCACUGGCAUGCUCGGCAUGUGCACGUGUUUGAUAACCACUUAUUUGAAGAGGGGGAGAGAGAGAGAGCGAGCUGGUGAGAAGGCAUAGCAAAGGUUCUUCUGGUUCAGGAGCUGACGCAUGUUCACUGUUGUAGAGAAAGGAAAGUAGACGAUUGCAAACGUGCCUUUUUUGUAUUUCAGCUUAAUGAUCAUGUGCAAGUCUCUCAGUAUCAUGUGUAAUGACACUGGCAAAUUCAGCAAAAAAAAUACUGACAGCAGUUGUUUUCACGUCAUCCGUCUGUGCUUCUGACUGUAACACGUCGGCUGUUAAAGUGAGGGCCUGGUGGUCUACUAGAAUCAACUGCGGGACUGUGAUGACUCGUGUCCCUCAGCAUCUGAGUAAAGUCUACUGUAUGACGACCGGUCGGGUCUGCACGUGUACGUGGAGCAGAUACGUCAGGCUUUUUGUCUCCUUCAGGGAAUUAUAGAGCCUUAACUCACUCACUCUAUUUAAGAGAUCAUGUAACCGUUGUCUUUUCAAAACGAUUUAGUAGAGUGUUUAUUUAACCAAAGCCAUACCUUCCUUUGUUUUUGUUUGUUCCCCUUCUUUUUUUUUUUCCCCUCCCGCUUUUCUUUUCAUUUCGAAUGUCAGUAGUGAUGAAUACUGGGAUUCUCAUCUCUAGACUGAUUACACAAAUAAAUUCUGUUUUGGUAUCAAA